GUAAUGACAUCGCAAAUCUUCCUGAAUCUGCUUAUUCACAGAUAUAUAAUAUUAGAUAGAAUAAAUUUAAUCAUGUUUGACGAAUGUCACAGAGCUGUAGCUAACCACCCUAUGAGACAAAUUAUGCAACAAUUUGAAAAUUGUUCCAACGAAGAGCAUCCACAUGUUUUAGCUAUGUCGGCAACAUUGUUGAAUGCUAAUAUAAAAGCAGAUAAAAUAGAAUCUACGAUUAGGACUUUAGAAAUAACAUUUCAUGCAAAGAUAGCAACUGUAGAAUCAACAGAUUUUAUCUAAGACUAUUGUACAAAUCCUAAUGAGGAAAUCGUCAAAUAUUCGAAAUAUCUAGUUC